CUUUAUGUCGGAAGUACCGUCCCCGCCAAUACUCCAUUCCGCCCCAUUUUAAGGCCACCUGAACACGAUAGACAUCAACUGACUUCGGUGUAUUCCACACUUCAUAAUCCAUAGGACUCUCUGCGGAUAUUUUUCGCCGGUAUUACAGCCUCUGCUCAGCAAAUUCAUCAUGUCUUCGGAAGCCAGAUUAUACACAUUUUCUCCGGAAACGAAAGACGCUUUACGCAAAUUCAGGCUGGGCACUUCCCGGGCGAAGGACCCACAAGCCGUCAUUUAUGAGGUCAAUAAGCAGACGCUUGAGAUAGCUCAAUCCGAGGGCGAGGAGGGCCCGACAGUGUAUUCGAAGAUCCAGGAUCUUCAAGAGGAUUUGCCUGAGCAUUCACCCCGAUACAUAUUGCUCAGUUAUCCAUUAACUUUGCCAUCGGGAAGGCUGUCAGUGCCGUAUGUUCUGAUAUACUAUUUACCCGAAACUUGUAACGCUGAGCUGCGAAUGCUGUAUGCCGGUGCCAGGGAACUCAUGAGAAACACAGCAGAAGCUGGAAGAGUCCUCGAGAUAGAAUCGGCGGAGGAGCUGGACGAAAUCGAAUCGAAGCUUGGUGUGAGCUCAUCAUAAACAAUCUACAAUCAACCUACUGUAACAUAGGUUCCAGCUUAGCGGAACUAGGGGCUGCUUGUCCGACUGUAGUCAUUUCAAGCUUUGGAUUAGUUCACCGGGCUUUUACUCUUUUCUAUACGGUCGAUUUUAAAGGAGACAAUUUCUAUUCCGUUCUGUCCGCCGAAAAGGGCGCGAAGAUAUUCUACUCGUCGGAUAAAAGAGAGACAGCGUGUCGUCUCAAGCACCAAAAAAAUUUUAUAUAGUCUUCAUUACUUUCGCCAGCAAAAGCCCAACUAAUGGCUAAAUUCUGUGCUAGAAUUGAAAAUAACAAUCUAGUCUAGCCAUGUCGAGACCAUGGUACAUAGGAUGAGACGAAUUCAAGGUAUCAACCCUGGCCGCCGUGAAUCAUUCAAUAAAAAAUUUAAAAUAAAAACAAUGCAACGG